UUCGCCUUGGGACACUCCAGGCCCGGCCAGCCACCUCCACCUUCCCCUGCGGUUGCCUGGCUCUACCCCUAAGGUUAGGUGGGGACAGGCUGGGGCCACCAGUCAGCUCCAUGGACAGGGACCUCGCCUCUGAUCACCUGCCAGCUUUGGAGCCAGAAGAAGAAAGGUCGACGUUGAUCUGCACUUGGGGGACCCUUCCCCCGCCUAAACUUCUGAUUCCAGCCUAGGCUGACUCUAGAAGGGAUUGAACAUUUCCCCAGAUGUUCCAGCUGUGACUUUGCCAGACCCCUUGAUGGGACCAUCUGAAAGCCCAUCCGCUGGCUGGGUACACAAGGAAGCAGAGAUUGGAAUCAGAAUCCUCGGGCCCCAGCCUGAUGAAAUGAGCAUGGGGUGGAGGCCUGAGGAUGGGGGUGCUGCCCCUUUGCCUCUGCCCCCAGCCCUGUCCUUCCUCCUCCUCCUGCCUCUGGCCAGUGCCCUGCAGCCCACUCUGCUGCCCUUGCCAGAGCUGAGGCUGGUAGGGGGCCCCAGCCGCUGCCGAGGACGCCUGGAAGUCCUGCACAGUGGCUCCUGGGGCAGCGUAUGUGACGAUGACUGGGACGUGGUGGACGCCAAUGUGGUGUGUCGUCAGCUGGGCUGUGGCCUGGCACUGCCUGUGCCAAGACCCCUUGCCUUUGGCCAGGGCAGGGGCCCCAUCCUGCUGGACAACGUGGAAUGCCGUGGGCAGGAGAUGGCGCUGAGCGAGUGUGGCAGCCGGGGCUGGGGUGUCCACAACUGCUUUCACUACGAGGAUGUGGCCGUGCUGUGCAAUGAAUUUUUGCCCACCCAGCCACCAACAAGGAAAAUGUUAACUGGCAGAGCGCCCCCUACAACUCCCCAGAAUGGGAGAGGUGAAGGCAGCGUGCGCCUGAUUGGGGGUGCGGGCCCGUGUCAGGGCCGAGUGGAGAUCCUGCACAGCGGCGUGUGGGGCACGGUGUGUGACGAUGAUUGGGGGCUGCCGGAUGCCGCCGUGGUCUGCCGCCAGCUGGGCUGCGGGACGGCCUUGGCUGCCACCACCAACGCCUUCUUCGGCUAUGGCACAGGACACAUCCUGCUAGACAACGUGCACUGCGAAGGCAGUGAGCCCCGCCUGGCAGCUUGUCUCAGCCUGGGCUGGGGCGUGCACAACUGCGGCCACCACGAGGACGCGGGCGUGCUUUGCGCAGGUGCAGUCCUGGGCCCCCCAACUCUCACAGCACUGCCACCCUCGGCCACAAGAGAGGACGGGUCCUGGCACACAGAGCCAGCAGCUACAGGAGUUGGUGCUCACCCCUCUGGGGAGACGACACUGCUCACCACAGCUGCCUGGGCCUUGGGGAAGAAAAGCGGGCGGCUACGGCUGGUGGGCGGCCCGGGCCCGUGCCGCGGGCGCGUGGAGGUGCUGUACGCCGGGGGUUGGGGCACCGUGUGCGACGAUGACUGGGACUUCGCGGACGCGCGCGUGGCCUGCCGCGAGGCGGGAUGCGGGCCCGCGCUGGGCGCCACGGGGCUCGGCCACUUCGGCUACGGCCGCGGCCCCGUACUGCUAGACAACGUGGGCUGUGCGGGCACGGAGGCCCGCCUGAGCGACUGCUUCCACCUGGGCUGGGGCCAACAUAACUGCGGCCACCACGAGGACGCCGGCGCACUAUGCGCAGGCCCAGAGGAGCAAGUCCAGCAGGACGGUUCUGAGACCACCCGGGCGCCCACUCCUCAUCCAAGGGAUGAUAGGUCACUGAAAAGUCACUGAAUUGGGCUGGGGAUUUAGUUCAGCAGCAUAAGCACCUGCCUUGCAAGCACAUGGUCAUGAGUUCGAUCCCUAGUACCUAUUUAAAAUAAAUAAAGUCAAUGAAUUGCCUAAGCUGGCCUCAAACUUGUGAUCCUCUUGCCUCAGAGUGCUGGGAUCACAGGUGGGCACCUAGCGGUAAUGCUUAUUAAUAGCAGUUACCAACAUUGAAUAUUCUUUACCUUCCUGGCACAAGGUAGAUGCGCAUUUCUGUAUAUUUUCUUGUUGCGGCAAUGGCCCAGGCCUCAUGCAUGCUAGGCAAGCACUCUAUCCCUGAGCUACACCCCCAUUCCCUACUCACUGUUUCAUUCAGCACACUUUGGUGCUCUCUCUGCCAGGGCCACCUGGGGUUAAGCACAUGGAUAAAUAAGAUUAGGCUUUGCCAGGUGUGGUGGUACACACCUGAAAUCACAGAACUCUGGGAGGCUGAGUCAGGAGGAUCACAAGUCUGAGCCCAGUCUGGACAAUUUAGCAAGACUCUCUCAAAAUAAAAAAAUGGACUGAAGAUGUAGCUCAGGGCAAAGGCCUUAAUCCAAUCUCCAGUACUAUGCAACAAAACAAAAAGCUGGAUAUGGUGGUGUAUGGUUCUAAUUCCAGCACUUGGGAAGCUAAGACAGGAGGAUCAUUGAGAGAGUUCCAUGCCCAUCAAGGCUACAUACUGAAUUCAAGGGCAGCUUGAACUACAUAAAUGAGAACUUGUCUCAAAAAAAAAAAAAACAAAAAGCAAAACAAAAUUUUAAAAAAGGGCUUUUGCCAAUAAGAAAGUCACAGAAUAAUCUUGUGUUAACUGCGAGUGACUUACUCUCUCCUGAAACUCAGCCUCCCCCACUGGUAACUCUGUCACCCAGAUCUAAAUUUUAGUUCCCUGUUGAUGAGUAGUACUCUAACAUCAUCCAGAAACUUGGGCAGAAACCUAUUAUCCUCAACAAUUCCCAGCCUCAAUGACUAAUCACAAGGUCCUCUUUAUUCUUGUAACCCUGCUGGAAUCUGUCCCUUUUUUUUUUUUUUUUUGACAGGGCUUUACUAUGCAGUUCAGGCUGGCCUUGAACACUGUAACCCAGGCUAGCCUCAAAAUCAGCCAUCCUCCUGCCUCAGCCUCCCAAGUGCUGGGAUUAUGUCCCUUCUCUCUAUUCCCACAUUUCUUGCCAAGGCCUUAUUGUUUCCUGGGUUCUGAUCCAUUCUCCAUGCACAAAAACAGUGAACUUGCUCCUAUUUGCAAACACAUUGGUGCCACAACCCCUUGUAUGGCUUCCUGGUGCUCUUCCUCGGUGCGUUAGCUAAGAUCCCAAAGCUCCUGCACAGUCUAGCUCUACUUGUGUUCUCCGCAUCAUCCCUUGGCCUCUUGCUGCCAAAGUUUAGCCAGGGCAAACUAUUUUCAAUUCCUCUAAUGUCUGGGCUUUCUUCCCACAGAGGGGCCUCUGCACACACUGUUCUCUGUCUGGAAUAUGUAUGACUCUUUCCUCCUUCCCUUAGCCAACUUUCAGUUCACCUCCAGUUUCACUCUGCACUGACAGACCCCAGGAGCCCCCAUCCUCAGUGAGUACACUCACCUUGCGUGUCCAGAACACUGCCUGACUUGUAUCAUCUACCAGCCUGGAGGUGAGGAACUGGGCUGUCCAGCUGUGUCCUGCUCUGUGCCCUGGACCUUACACACAGUGGGUGCCCAAGUAAUACUUGUCAAGAGAAUAACAGACCUGCACAAAUACUUCUGGAGCACCUGCUAGGCCAAGUAUUGUGCUGAGCUCUGAGGCCAUAGAAUAAGACGACACCUAAGCUCAGAUAUGGCAGGAGGGUCGAAGCAAGUUCAAGGCCAGCCUGGGCAACACAGUGAGUUGAUCUCAUCUCAAAAAAAAAAAAAAAAAAAAAAAAAAAACUAUAUCUGGUUCCUGUUUACAUGGGAUAGAGCUGACCUUUAAGAGAAGAAAAUAUGGACUGCGUGGGUGAGACCCUGGGUUUGAUACCUAACGCCACAAAGAGAAGAAUGACAAGCCACUGAACAAAUAGACAUAUCUACAUGAGUUGGACAUGGCACAUGCCUGUAAUCCCAGCACUCUGGGAACUGAGGCAGGAAGAUCACAAGUUCCUGUCCUGCUUGGGCAGUUUCGCAAGACACUGUCUCAAAAGGGUAGGGGAAAAAGGCUCUGAGUUCAACCCCCCAAUAUAAGAAAAAAAAGUCAUAUAAAGAAAUAACUUAGAGCUGGGGAUUUAGCUCAGUGGCAUAAACAUCUGCCUUGCAAGUGCACGGUUGUGAGUUCAAUUCCUGGUACCGAUUAAAAAAAAAAAAGUAACUUGUGCUACAAAUUAAGUGGUGCUAUGGACAUGCAGAGGGUCUAGAAGGAAAAAAGAAAAAGAAAAGGAUGGAUGGAUGGAUAGAUAGAUUUGACUGCUGUGAUGACAUAUACCUGUAAGCCCAUCACUUGGGGGGCUUAAGCAAGACGGAUCACUGCAAUUUGAGGCCAGCAUGGACUACAAGGGAGACCCUGUCUUAAAAAAAGGGUGGGGGGGGCAGGUGUUUAGCUCAG